AUGCUUUCCGUCACCUACGGUGUCUUGUGGCAGAUUACCGACUUUGAGGUAAAACGCCUGGAGGCUUAUUACCAGCUCUCAAAGGAUGGCGGCGCACUCGCGGCCGAGUCCAUCAACGUUGACUAUGUCACGAGCCUAAGCUGGCUGCGGCCGUUUCGAGCUUUGAAACUGCGACAUUACGCCGUUGCCGUCUCGUCCAUAUCAACGUCUUUGGCCGUUUCUCUGGUGCCGACAUUCGGCGCGGCGGCGUUCGUUCUGUAUCCUGACCGAGCCACACGUCUCGCGCACCCUGACCAAGAGAAGGUCAUCCGCCUUCAUGCAAUUUGGUCUCGGCUCCUCUCCUCUACCCUGUGCAUCUGCGCAUUUUUCGGCAUCGUUCUGCUAUACAUCCUCCAGAGACGGAGAUCUGGCCUUCUAGCCGAUGUCAAGGGCAUCGCAGGUCUUGCUUCAAUGGCUGUAGUGAGCCAUAUUCUGGUAGAUUUUGCGGACCUAGACGUCGUCAGUCAUAGCGACAUCCAUGCCAAGCUGAAGCACCGCCGAUAUAUCCUUCGCAACGCGUCCCUGGCCCCAGACGAUGAGAACCCCUUCUCUUCGCAAGAAAAGGACCAGUUCCGCGAGCACUACCUUUCAGAGAACCCGCAUCCGCGCAUGCUGCGUCUCGACGGCUACCUGCCGUACGUGAUCGGCCUCGUUCUCUUCUUGGCCUUCAUUCCUGUCUUUCUCUUCUCCGACGCAAGUAUCAUCACCACCAAGGCGCCCUGGGUUGUGACCGCUCUGGCCGUUUGCAUCAAGCUAGGCUGGGGAGGCUUGGAAACAGAUAUGCGGAUGAUGGAACCCUACUACAUCCUGUCAAAACGGCAUUCUUCGUCAAGGACGCUUACCUUAGAUUACACCGCCAUGCCGUUCGGUUACAUGCCUUUCCAGGCGUUCCUCAACGGCCAUGUCCUGAUGUUCCUCGUCGGGUUCGGGACCAUGAUGACCGAGCUCUUGACGGUGCUGCUGACCAGUCUGGCCACUGUGGUGGGCACCGAGUUCCUCGACGCCGCCUUCAAGCCGCCCGAGGUACACCACGGUUCUGAUUUCGGCGGGAUCAACGCCGGCCAGGAGACCGUAUCUUCCUUUUGGAUCUCGUAUGGUCUGGCCACUUUCAUCCUGGUGUACAUGGGCACGGUGGCAACGAUUGUAUUUCUUCGGAGACGACACCCGUUCCUGCCGCGACAGCCCAACACCAUCUCGUCGCACUUGGCCUUCAUCCACCAGAGCAAGAUGAUUUAUGAUUUCGUCGGCACUUCGAAGCUGAGCAACGCGGGCAUGGUGCGCCACCUCGAGGGCCUGGGCAAGACGUACGGUCUGGGUUGGUUCGAGGGCCGUGACGGGCAGACGCACUGCGGUGUUGAUCAGGAGGAGCUGGUCGGGUGCUAUAAGCACGGGAUGGAUUUCCAAGGCACGAACAAGCCGUGGAACCAGCAGUGGGACCAGUAUGAGUGA